GAAGUAUUGGCAAUGAAUAUUACAGAGAACUACCAUUUCAUUAUUCGACACUGCAUUAUCAGUGAUGGGUGCCUUGCAACUUCCCAUUUAGAGCUCGUAGAUUCGAAUAGCAGAGAUUGUCAAAUGGUAUCGCAAAAUGAAACACGUAAGCCAGGGAUCAAUAUGCAACCUUCGAGUUCGUCUACUUCUGAAAAAAAUAUGGCAGGGAAAGGAAAUAAAUUGAAGGUAGUCGCCCUGAUGGAUUUUCUUAAGUAG